GGAAGACAGAAAGUAGCAAAGUUUUAAGGUAUCCGCACUGGAAAACUUAAAACUGGAUUAUUAACUUAAUUCUGCGGGGAACACUUCAAAGUGAACACAAGGCUGGCACUCCAUUCCUUCUUGUGAAACACUGUAUCCUUCUUUUCAUUCAGAAUGCUAAAAUUACUAGCAAGGUAAAUUCUCAAUUUAAGAUAUUAUGGGAACAACGUAUUUACCAUCAGGGGAGAAUCUUACUUCUACAGAAGUUGCAUCUAAUGAUUCAGAAAAAGAGAGCUGUGUUUUUGACGAGGAAUUUAAAUACGUGCUGCUUCCCAUCUCCUAUGGAUUUGUGUUUGUCUGUGGCCUUGUUCUAAAUGCUGUUGCCAUAUGGAUGUUUACAUGCAAGAUCAGACCAUGGAGCCCUAACACAAUUUACAUGUUUAAUCUGGCAGUCUCAGACAUACUAUAUGUGCUGUCAUUGCCUACAUUAGUAUACUAUUAUGCAAACCGUAAUAACUGGCCAUUUGGAGAGGCCCUGUGCAAGAUUGUCCGUUUUCUUUUCUAUACCAAUCUGUAUUCUAGCAUCCUUUUUCUCACCUGCAUCAGUGUGCACCGCUAUUUUGGUAUCUGCCACCCCAUCUGGUCCCUUAAGUGGGUCAAAGCAAAAUAUGCUAAAAUUACAUCAGUGGUCAUCUGGAUUGUUGUUAUUGUCUGCCUCAUUCCUAACCUCAUAUUUGUCACAAUAAGUGGCAGAGGGAAUGAUACUCUGUGUCAUGACACCACCAAACCAGAAGACUUUGAUGAAUAUGUAUACUAUAGUUCUGCUGUCAUGACCCUGUUGUUUGGUGUCCCUUUUCUGGUAAUAGUGGUCUGCUAUUGCCUGAUGGCGAAAGAAUUAUGCAAGCCUUCUAUACCACACUCUAGUUCAACUAUGACAGCCACAAAAAAGAAAUCACUAAAGAUGAUUAUCAUAGUUCUGGCAGCAUUUGCCAUCUGCUUUUUGCCUUUUCAUAUAACAAGGACAUUGUAUUAUACUUUUCGGCUGUAUGACGCCAGUUGUAAAGAGCUGAACAUGGUUAACGUAGCCUACAAAGUGACAAGGCCUUUUGCUAGUGUUAACAGCUGUAUCGAUCCUAUCUUGUACUUUCUUGCAGGAGACCACUACAGGGGUAAACUGCUUCGUGUAAUUACAAACUUAAAUCGUUGCAAAACUCCAUCUUCAUCAACAAUACUUCACCAGUCAAAAGAGAAUGGCCUGGCCCUUGGCAGUAAUGGAGACGUUGUGAACUCUGAAACUAGCAGUUAACUGUAAGAAAGUGUGCAACAGAGACUGUAAAAUACAUUUUUCUGUUUGCCUGAGUUCUCAGAAGUAUUUUUACUGAUGAGUUUGCACAAAUGUUUUAGCAUUAAAUCAAAAUAUGAAUGAGUGGUGUAAAACAAAUGUUUAAAGUGAAAAUGUGUCAUGAAAUAACUGGCAUCAAACAUAACUGAGAUUUGUGUAAUAGUUUUGCAUAUAUAGCAUUUGUUGUGGUUGUCUUUAUCAUACAUAAGGAAAGUAGAAGGACACUGUGGUAUUGUGCACACAGUGACAUUAUCAUGCUAGCUCAAUUUUUUCUUCGAAUGAGCACAACCGCCUGAAGACCAGAGUAGCAAUGUAGUAAAUGGAUGCAUGUGCAGUCAUUUCAUUUUUCUUGCAUUUUAAUGACAGUUGUGAUUUCUGGGUUAGACUCGGUCAAUGCAGAGUUCUCUAUUGUAGAUGAAAAGGACCACUACAUUGAUAUCAACAUAACUUCCAUAGCUCUUUCUAUGCUGAUAUCUGAAUUAGUCAUCAAAUAUAUAAUUCAUUAGGUUGUCUCCUGAUGUUCAUAUACUUUACAACAAAAAAAAAAAAAAAAAAAAAAACAUAAAAUGCAUUUAAUGAGAGAAUUGUAAAUUGGAUGUACCGAAGGCAGGGGCUAAGUCAUUUCUGAACUUUCCAUGUUUCAAGUAGCUGGAUGAUGCAUGUGGGUAUUCAUUGAAUACUUGGCUACUACAGUAUUCUGAUCAGUACUGAAUAUAUAAUUUCCAUCGCUUAAGUAUACCACUUAUAAAACAGUGCUUUAGCUCAAGAAAUAUUUGUUUACAGUUCAGCAAAGAGAUCUUCUUCUGCCAGGCUUGAUACAUAUUAUGUUGGAAUAAGCAAAGUCCUGCAUACAGAUUUGUUUCCCACCAACUCCCAUAGGGCUGCAGAUUAACAAGAAAUCUAACUUCAUUAAUAACAGGGUAAUAUAAAGUUAUAUGAUGUGCAGAAAGCAGCACUCAUGGUUAGAGUUUCAGCUAUGCAGGAAUUCCAAGUAGCUAGCCUAAUGCACAAAUCUCAAGAUAAGCUAUCACUUAAGAAAACAAGUGUAUGUGAGUUAAAUAAAAAACUAGUACAUGUCCUGUUAAGAGAGUUCUUCUCUUCAUCACGCAAAAGGCAGACUACCAAGACAGCAUGUGAUUACAUAUUCUAUGCUAUCAUUUUUCUAUAUUAAAAUAAACAUGAAAACUCAUAGUAAUAUUAUACAUACUCAUUCACCUCCUCAAAAUAGUACAUUUUGUGUUUCACCAAAAAAUAGGUGACAUUUUUCAUCAUUUAAAGGUUAGGUAGCCCACAUGCGAUGUUUAUUUUAAAAUGCUAGAUGUUCUGAGUAAAUAAAAUAAGGAAGUGCAAAAGUAUUAAAAAUUGCCAGGACUUCCAUAAAAAUCCAGUUUCUUUCCCUGGCAUCUCAGCACAGUCUUCCACAUAGGAUACAAUCAAAUAAAAGAAUAGCUGUAUAAAAUAGAAGCACCCCUUAAUUAACAUCUAUAAUUCAAUUAAUCAAGAUGAUCUCUUCAAAAUUCAAGAAAUAUAUUCCAAUUAUACUCCUAAUUAACACCAAAAGGUGAAAGACUUUCUUUGCAGUUUUGACAGAACACCAUAUCACUAGUUAAAAGCAGUAUGCUCUAACAAAGCAAAACACAGAACAUCAGGAUUUCCCACAUGACAUUCCAUGAAAUGUUAAGUCAAAGCCCUCCGCAAAUUCCCGCUGUGACAGUUCCAUACAUGUUCCAGUAAUCUCUUUCUAAAUAUUUGUCUAGUUUCCCCCAUGUAAAAUAAGCCACAAGGGCAGGAAAGCACAUACAUAAUCGUACAAGUAGAGCAGAAAUAAUUGCCACAACUUCAUAUUUUUUCUAUUAAUUGUAUAAUAAAAGUUACAGAAAAAGUGCAAACUGAACAUCAACAACGGGACAUGGUGACAUUGUUCAAUACUAUAGGACCAUAAAUACAUGUAGGUGACAUAUCAGAAUAACUAUGUAUUAACAUCACAGCAUCAGAAAAUACAUUCCACCCUUGGUAUAAAGCCCUUGUUGUGUUCCAAACUUGAGACACUGGUACUCAAAGGGGCCACAAGGAGUGGAUGGGACUGGUUGACAUCAGCUUGUCCAUCAGUGGGUUGGGAGGCAACCUAGGCAUGCUGCAGUAAGCAGUGUUAAGAGCUUUGAGAACUCCAUGCUGCAACUGGGUAUACUGCUUGUUCAGAGACUGCACAUGCAGGGAAGCAAGCAUGCACCUACCAAUGCAUCAAUCAUGGUGCUGAUAAGGAUGCCAAAGGGUAGUUCAUGUUAAGACACGCUCCUCGGUAGCAAUGUGACACUGCACAAGCAUUCAUAAUCUCCUUACUGGCCUCAGGUGUGAGUCUGGUUGAAUCCAAGAGAGAAUUUGGGCAAAGACUCCAAGGGAAUAAAGUUAUUUUUUAUGGAAAUUUUAGAUACUUUGCUUACUUACAUGCCAUUUAUUAACUGCGUAGGUGGGCAAGAUCUAAGGCAUUUUUCAGCUGUGACUACAAGUAAAAUAUAUGUAUAUUAAAAGAAUAUGACAACAGUAUUUUAUGUAACACUGCAAAACUAAGUAACAAUAGUCAAAAAUAUAAAUAUUUUGAACAUAAGACAAAAAGAUACUUGCAAUGAGGAAUAAAGUUAGUUUUUACUAGAUUAAUUUGUUUCGAUACAAGAUUAAGACUGAUUUGAAGAUGGCAUAUUUUGUAUUCAAAUGAUGGCAUGUGAUACCCGACAUCUCUGAAACACUGACUGGAAGUUGUCAGUAAGGUAACUUAAUUAUACUUGCCUGAAAAGUCGAACAGUGGGAAGAUAUAUUAUGCAUACGGGAAUGAUAUUCUGCCCAAAUUAAUUUAACGCUCUUUCAAAAGUAAAGAGUUUGAAAUGGUGAUAAGGGGGGUGCAUUCUGUUUUGUUGGCAUGUCCACUAACAAUAACAGUAGUGGCUUUUGAGUAGGGUAAUUAAAAUUAAAGUAAAGCAGUUUAUAUAACAAGGUGGGGAAAAAAGAAAAGUCGAUCAUUUAGUAACCAAAAUGGCAUAAGGAGCAUUAAUGGAAUUAAACGUAGUGUAUUCUGAAGUCAGAUUUAUGUUUAUACAUUUUUACAGUUUUUGUAGUAGCAAUGUGCAGUGGGUAUUUCCAAGGAUGACCAAGGAUAGAGGUAUAUUCAGGUUUGGUUAUUAGGACAGUCUUGCUAAUGGAGCUUUUUGAUUCAAGGGUGAAAAGACAGUUUUGAGUUGACUGUACCUCACUGAUGAUUGCACCAAUGUUGUGCAUGAAAGGAAAGACUGAGGUCAAGAAUGACACCAGGCAUCUGCAGGAAUUCACAAGGAUGGCAGAUUUUCCAUGGGAGAUCAAUGUCGAUGUGAUUUCUUACUUAUAGGGAGAACUGCAUAUCCACAUAGUUGGCUAUAUGCCAUACAAGUGUCAAGCAAUUUCUUAAAAGUAUUCAGCAUAUUACUCUGUCUUACAGUUAAAAGUAGAUUUUUUUCCAUGGUGUGACAGCAGAAUUGGUGAUAAAUUUUGCCCUUAAUGAAGUUCUACAUCUACACAUUUUAAGAGUGAAACAGGCUCUCCAGUAAAGGAGUUUAGUUUGAAGAAUACCUAUAUUCAUUAAUGCCCUGAAUGUUUCAUCAUAAAAGGCUCUGAAUGCCAAAAGCAACUUGCCUCUCAGAUACCAAUAGCUGCUUGAAUGUAGACCAAUUACCUUCAGUCUUUCACUGUAUUUAAAAGAAUCAUAAGCUGCAAUUCUUUUGGCGAAUUUUCUUUAUAUAACUACCGUAAUCAGUAGGUAUCACUUGCUAUUAGAACAGAACAUAGAAUUAUAUUCUAGUACUGUUCUAGCAUAACAAGCAAAGAGCUUCAUUAGGAUGGAAUGUGUGGCAAGUGAAAUUCAUAACGAACAGCAAUUAGUUCAUCCAGAGUGCUACACUGAAUAAUUUGAAGAAAUCACUUGACGUUUGUCCAAGACUUUUGAUGUAUUCCUUGCAUCCAGAGUUUGCGAUCUGUAUGGCCACUUGGACAAUAUUCACUUCCCCCUAAAAUGAAAAAAACAUGCAGACAGCGACCCCCAUAAAAUAUCUCUCACCCUAGGGAAUCAUUUUCUAAAAGAACAUGUAUGGUCACAAGCACAAAGCAAGCUCAUACUCAAGUUUUAUUAUACCAAAAUAAUAAAAUGAAUAAAAAAUAAGAGCUUUCAUUUUUCCAUAAAAACUUCACCAGAUAACAUAAAACUCACUCACUACUUAUAAGGUACUUAAUUUCAAAGUAAAACAUGUGACCGCCAAGCCCCCAUCAUCAUCAUAUAGUCAAUUUAAACCAACAGAACACACUAUAUUAAUUUCUUAAUUGGAAAAUAAUGACACAUUCAGUACUUACAUCCAUUAAAUUGAUGUACCAAUUAUAUAAAUGUUCAUGAAUUAUUUCUCAAUAAGAAUCAUGAAGCCCAGUAAGGGGGCCAGGCUUGUUGUCAUGAACAACUCAGACUAUUCUCUUAUGAUGAAACAAUUAACUGGAGACACCUAUAAGAGAAUUUCUAUUAAUGGAGUGUAUAGAAAGAUUAAGGAUAAAUUAGAGGAUUUGUGCAUUGAACAAUAGGUCACUGUGGAACAGUAUAAUUUUCUCAAUGUAACCAACCAUAUGACCUCCUCGAUUUUCGGACUGCCUAAGAUUCAUAAAAAUAUUCAACAGCACCCAAUGCACCUGAUUGGGGAUGCACAUAAGUCAAUUGCUCACCCUUGUGCAAAGUUUUUAGAUAAAAAAGUGAAAAGUUUAAUUUUUAAGGAAGAUCCUGUUUGUCGUGACUCUUGGGAGUUUUUAUGUAAGAUUACUCAAAUACCAUAUAAGGAUCCAUACAUUUUCAUUACAACAGAUGUAAAAGAUUUAUACACUGUCAUACCACACAACAUAGGAUUAGAAUGGUUCACUGAUUUCUUGUUUGAGAAUGGCACAACUCAGGAUUGUGUUAAUCUCUAUGAAGACUUGACGGAAAUUGUUUUACAAAACAAUUUUAUAAAGUUUGAGAAUGAAUUAUAUAUAAAAUGUAGAGGGGUAGCUCUGGGAACAGCAUGUGGGGGUUAUUUGCAAAUAUUCCUGUAGAUGCCUGAUGUUGUUGUUGAUCACCCUCCUUUCUUUCAUGUUUAACACCGACUUAAUACUCAGUUACCUACUGAGCUUGGGUUUUACAUUUUAAGGAGCAAUUCUAAUACCUAGCUCUUCAUAUUCUUUCAGUAAUGAUCAUUUAAUAUUACCCAUAUGUAUUUACACCAGGACAUUACACCACACUUGUCUGGAUUAAUAUUCAGACCAUUUUUUUCAGCCAGUGUAUUUUGAUAUCCAGUUAGAAUAGACAUUGAAAUGAAUGAAGACACAAACUAAACAAAAUGGGUCCCACUACUGACCCCUGUGGCAUGCCAACAGUUAGUUUUGACCAUUCUGGGGAAAAAAGCUGUUAAUCUUUACUCUGCAUUCUUAAGUCAAUUAGCCACCCAAUUCAUUAUGCAAGGAUUUAUUAAAAUCUAUUUCAUAGUGUCAGUAAUCACAUGAUGUGGAACUUAAUCAAAAGUUUUAGAAAGAACAAGGUAAACAAUCUGCCUACUACCAGAGUCAUAAAAAUCCACAAAAUUAGUAAAGGUUAUCUUAUUUUUAAUAAAAUGAUGCUGAAACAGUAAAUUUGAAUGUUGUGUGACAUAAUACCAACAUAAUAGCAAGUAAACAUGUUUCAUUACCUGUUGCAAACUUUGGAGCAUUUCCAAAGACCAUGGAUUUUUUUAAAUGAGAAAGUGACUUUACAAUUACACUGACUGAACUAAAUGCAGAUUUCAAGUCUUGGAAUUAACAUAUCUAGAGAAAUGAGUUGUGGGGGGCACAACCUACAGAUGAAGGAUACAGAGGCUUCUGCCUUCUGCAAGAUUACUUUUUUUUUAAUUCGGUAAGUAUUAAUGUUGAGCAUUAUCAAUUUUUUUUCAUUUCCUUAUUUUGUGAUUCACUGCAAUUCCCUUUGGGUAAAUUCUACACAUUCAAAAUUAAUGCUACAUUGAUAAAGAAACCGAUGGAUUAUUUAUGAAUACGAGGAAAAAUAUGGAACCUAGAAUUCAGCUUUAGCAAAUACCAGAGUAGUUAUUUAAGCAGUGGCACACAAGAUUCUGUUCGCUUUAUAGUUUUCCAUCUAAGCUUCUAGCAGUUGUGUUUUGGCACCAAUACUUCAGCAAAUGUGGCAAGUGCCUUUGACAUAUUCAGAGUGAAUGACCAGAAUAAAUAUGGGGAGUAAGUUCUUUGGGUAGGGAGUUGCUGGUCUGGGAUUAAUCUAUCACCAAACUGCUUAAAAUGUGUUGGCAGGAUGCAUAUGGAUAAGUAAAUGAAUGUUAUGAUUUUGAUUGUGAAGAGACAGCAGAAUGUUGCACAGUGGAAAAUGCUAAAGUGACUCUGAAUACAUAUCAGUUAAUAACUACAUCCCUGAAUACUGGCUGCAGAGUACAUUACACCUGCAUGCUGGCAAUUACACAGUCUGGGAAUAUAUGCUCAGCUGUACAUGUUUCCUAAACAGAAAAAUCCUACAGGGUUUACAGUUCCUUCCUUCCAACUUGAUGGCAUGUUUUUCUGAAUUCUAGAUGGUCAAAAUAAAAUCUCAUAGGCGGCAUCAAAACUGAAAUUUAGCACAAGACAUUAGAAAAUAGUGAACAGUAUAUUCUUCAUGCUUUAGUCAUCAGAAUGUGACAUUUUCCACAAGUAUUUUAUAGUUAGAACUUAGUGGAUAAAUUCUGAUUCACUAGGGUCCCUUAUAAUAAAGGCUAGUAUUAACAAAACACUGUUUGUGGCACAAUGGAAUGGUGGGUUCCAAGAGGCAUGGAACAAUAGCAAUACAAAGGGAUAGUACGACAGAGGGUAUCUGCUAUGGUAUGCUGAACAAGCCAAUGUAUUCUACAAAAGAGGUGCAAAUCUUGAAUAUAAUCAUUCUGCACUUUAUCAUCAGCCAGGAGUUAGUCAAAGAUAUAUUCGUCAAUGCUUAGUUAUACAACAUUCAAUUAACUGAAGACCAUUACCUCUGAUGUUAGAGAGGUUGUUUUGUUGGCCAAGGCUACUGUUGUCAGAAACUUAAGUUUUCUCCAACUUGCUGCAAACUUAGAGACACAAUCAAAUUUGGUGGUACGAAGAGACAGGCCUGAUACAUCCUCCCCACAAAAAAUAAUGUUUUUUGCCUUCUUCUUUCUUCUGUUAGCAUUUGCUGUUAAUAUUUGUACCAGCCAAUCAGGUGCUGACAAACUGGUCAGUUAGUAUUCAUAUGUCCAAUCACCAAAGAUCCAGUUCAGUACAUAAUUAGUGGAGAAUGAGGUCCAGUUAUGAGCCUGAGACAACAGAUGAAUCAAAGGCUGGUAACACAUAAGAAUACAUAUUGAUUGGCCAGGAUAUUCCAAUCAACACAACUGGGGCUAUUAACACUGCUUUCUAAAACAGUGCAUGGGUGGAAGAAACUGAUUUGGUAUUGGGAGCAA